AUGGAAGGAUCGUCAUUUGACGUGCACUCUGAUAUAGACACCAUACAAAUCUUUAUUAAAGAUUACAGAGAAUUGACUGCUUCUUUAACAACUACUCCUGAUCAUAGUAAUAGUAAUAUUAAUAGUAGUAAUAGUAAUAGUACAAACCAACAACAUGAUAUUACAAUUGAUAAGGUAUUAGAGAUGAUCUAUGCCAUUGCUGAUAUUGGUUCAAUAUAUCUAUUUAGAUUAAAUAAAUAUUUACAGGAUCAACAAGUAUUAACAUUAUUUGUUGAAAGAAGUGGUAUUGAUCAAUUGGAGAAAUGUAUAAAGGAAUUAAAAGGAAAUGCACUCACUUAUGCAUACUCUUCAUUUCCAACUCGUAUCAUUGAUGUCAUCAUACAAAGAUUUUCAAUUGAUGAAAUGUUUGGGAGAUCAAUUAAUCACCAAAGAUCAACAUUAUUUGAAAAUGAUCCAACAUCUUUUAUUAAUAUGUAUACUAGAUACAAACAAUCAUUGUUACCACCUGGACAUUCGACAGAAGAAUGGAAAUAUUUAGGGUUUCAUACCGAAGAACCUUAUCAAGAUGCUAAUCAAAAGAGACGAGAUAAUCAAUGUUACCCAUUCUCUGCCAUUGCAAUUAACCUAACUCAUUUGUUGAACCAAUCACUUUUAAUUGGUGAAGAAACAAAGAAUUUAACAUUUGUACCAUUACUAUUCUCUCAUUAUCAUGCAGUUCAAGAAUUAUUUUGUUGUAUUUUUCAAGUAUUUGAAAAUUCAUGGUUAGAUGUAAACGCUGAUAUCAACAAAAUAUUGGCACUUGUAAAAAAACAAUUAACCAAUGUAUUGGAGACUAAAAAAACAAUUUUCGAUGCAAUGAAUAUGUUGACCCAAAGAAAUAGGGAUAUUUCAUUACUAGAACAACCAAUCAUGACAAAAUCACCAGAUAUGAUCGUUACCAAUACUAGUAUGAAUAAUUUGGGUCAAAGUAUUCCAACCACCAACUCUACAGUUAUCAAUCAAAAGGAUGGGGGAGGUGAAACAAUUGGAUCAAUUAGUAAAUUGAAUCAUACCGAUAUUUAUAAAUCCAUCAAUCAAAUUGUUAAAAAUAAUAUUAUUGAAUCAUUUAAAAAUAACAAGACAAAUAUAUUAUUAAAAGGAUUAUUUUUCGAGGUUGAAAAAAAUUAUAAACUAAAAGGAGGAGUUUCUGGAGGAUCCUAUUUAUUUAUUAGAUUAUCAAAUGAUCUUAAACAGUAUAACAUUCAAAUUUCAACCAAUAUAUCCAAUUUGGUGGAAUCUUCACCAUCAUCAUCAUCGAGUCAACCUUCAAGAAAGAACAAAGGAAAAGUGGACAAUUCAUCAACACUUUUAUAUUUAUCAAAUAUGGAAAAAGAAUCAUCAGAGGCUUCUUCAACAUGGUUGGAAUUAAGUUCAGCUUCAAGAGAGUCAUUGGUUGAUUUGGUCGAUGGUCACAAGUCAAUUGAAGAGUUGGCUGCACUAGAAGAACUUGAAAUGAAAGUUAAUAUGUUGGACUUUGUUGGAGUCGAUAGUUUUAUUAGUGAAUCUGCUCCACCCAUCCCAACAUUGCCAAGUGAUUUUGAUUUCUUUGAAUUGAAAUUAAAAGAUUAUCAUAGUCAAUUUACCAACCAAGGCAAGCAAUCCUCUUCCAACAACAAUAACACCUCUGCUGCUACAACUACCACGAGAAAGAAAUUGGUUCAUAGAUCAGUUCGUCAAUCAAUGUUUUUAAUGCAAGGUAUUAAAGAUGAAAUUCAAGAAGAAUAA